AUGAGCAUCGUGGAAUGGACCGUCGCCGAUGUGACAGAUUGGGCGAAGAGCCACGGGCUGUCGGAGGGCACCGUGGCGAAGCUGGCCGACGAGGAGGUCGACGGCGAGGUGGAAGACUUGGUGGCGUUGGGCGUCAAACGCGGCCCAGCUGUCAAGUUGGCCGCGCACGUCAAGUCGAUGAUGCCGGCAAUGGUCUCUGAGCCCGCGGGUGCCCCUGCCCUGGCCGGCGCCGUCGUGGCCGGCGCCGCCGGCGCCGUCGUAGUUCCACCGACUGCGGUCGCCGAGGAAGGGAUGGGUGUUGACGCGGGUCUUCCUGGAGGUGGAUGUCCGGCGGCCGCGGAGUCCCUCGAGGCCUCGGCGUUGCCCGCGGACAGCGUCAUGGUCGCCCAGGUGCCCGCCGCGCCCAGCACGGCAGCGAUGGGCGCCGCACCGCCGACUCCGCUCUCCGGCAGCCCAGGCGGUCCGCUCUCCGCAAGCCCAGGCGGUCCUCCGGACGGUGCUGUUGGCGCGGCUGUGCAAGCAGAUGCUGGCGGCCCGGCUGCGCCCGCCCUUGAGCCCGGCCAGCAGGCGGCGACUGGCGUGGCGCAGGAAACCAGCGGCCCCUUCACUGAGCAGCGGAUCUUAAACUACCUCCACGCUGGGCGGUCUGCGAAGGAUCUCAUCUCCGCCGGCGCUGACAAAGCGGCAGUGCUCCUCGCCCUGCAGUCCGAUGAUACGCUCUGUUCUGAGGGCAAUUGGUCCGGCCAGGCUUACGGGCGCCCUGGGGAGGCCAAGACGGGAUGCAAGAUAUGUAACAUACUUUUUAGUGUAGUGCCUCGGCGGAGCGACGGCGCCGCCACGUGUAAAUUCUGCUUCGAGGCCCAGCGUAAGGUUAACAUGCGCGGAGACAUUUUCCUGUGCCUCCCCGACGGCACCCCGAAUGAAGAUAAUUUGAAGAUAAUUCGCGCUAAAUCGGCUGAGCUGCGCAAGGCAGCCCAGGAUAGAUUGGCCAAGAAGGAGGCAGAGGAGGCUGCCAAGAACGCGUGGCAAGAAAAGCCUAGGAAACGGCGCCGAUCGAAGGCGCCCGAGGCGGCCAAAUAG